AUGGUCGUUGAUGUUGAGAGCUACCUCACCACUCAGCUACUGAGAUUGCUGCAAACCGUCGUGCUCGUGGGCAGGGAAGGCGCACUUUUCCAGUCCAGUCCAGAGUUGCGAUGUACACGACAAGCCGCUGAGCGAUUUCAGUGCUGGCACGGGCUGCAACGGAGGCACAGCGUACAGCUGCACAAAUCAAAGCCCGUGGGCAGUCAUGACACCUUCUCCUACGGUUUUGCGGGAGUGUUCCUCAAGGAUCAUGUCGAGAAUUGCUGGUGCUGUGCUUGCUACGAGUUGAAUUUCACGAGUGGAGCAGUGAAGGGAAAGACGAUGGUAUUGCAGGCACAAAAUACUGCGUACGAUGUCACAUCAGUGAACAGAUUUGCGUUGGGUAUGCCUGGUGGGAAUACAUCAACGAAUGAUGCCUGCGCUACUGAGUUCAACGUACCUCAGUCCGUUUUUGGCACCCCAGGCGUAGGCGUGAAUACCCGCUCGGACUGCGACAACCUGCCGAACGCCAUGAAGGCUUCUUGCUACAAGGAGUUGAGAUAG